AUGGAGCAAGUAACAUGCCUGCAAUUCCGUGGUAAUGAAAAUAACGACGAAACAAAAUUUAUAAAGUUACGUUACGUUAUCAAGGCCCAACAUGUUCGCGUCAGACCGAAAUCUUUCUACAGACACAAGUGCAUGAGGUUUGAGUUAUACGGAUGCUCUGGUAACGAACUAGACGGUGACAGAUCUCUUGGAUUCGAAGCUGGAAAAGUAGCAGAUCAGUCCUUGACCGCAUCAAGCAUUUUAAAGAAGUAUCACAAACCUGAAUUUGGCAGAUUGAACACUUUCAUCAAAGGAGGUUCUUGGUGCGCACGAGAAACAAAUACGACCGAGUAUUUGCAGGUGGACCUACAGGAGAUACAUAAGAUCAGUAAUAUCAUACUACAGGGAAAGUAUACGGGCUCUGCACAAGGAAAAGGAUGGGUUACCAAAUUUUCAGUCACGUACAGUAACGAUGGCACUGUGUGGAGCCGACACAAAGAGGGUGCAGUAGAAGUAUUUCUGGGAAAUCGCCCUGAUAACAUGACAAAGAAUCACGAGGUAGUGCCAUCACUGUACGCUCGUUUUGUCCGGCUGCACGCAAUGGAAUGGUAUCAGCUGAUUUGUAUGCGAGUUGAGUUCAUUGGAUGUAAAGCGUGUGCAAAGCCACUUGGUAUGGAAAAUCGCCAGUUAGAGCAGAUAUCCGGAUCCUCGAACAAAAACCGUUGGCAUUAUAUCAGACUCAAUAAUAAUUUACCAUGGUAUCCCACCACUAGCGACAAACGAAUAUUUAUCCAAGUUGUUAUACGUCCCUAUGGCAAAACUGUUACGGCACUUAGCAUUCAGGGACACAGCUACUGGGUUAUAUCCUUUACACUGGGGACUAGCGAGGAUGGUUCAGAGUGGUACGAUUAUAAUAUUAAUGGUAACAUUGUGGUUAUGCCAGGUUGUACAACCGGUUAUGAAACCUCACGCCAGCCGCUGCCUAAGAACAUUACGUCACGCUAUGUUAGGCUUUACCCUCAAACGUGGCAGCACACUCCACAAAUCAGUGUGGAGUUCUAUGGAUGUGAUGUGUGUGCUGAACCACUGGGAAUGGCCAGCGGUCUCAUACGAGACUCCAACAUCAAAGCUUCAUCUUUCAAAGUGGGCGGAGAACCCUGGCGCGCUCGUUUGGGGUCUGGUUCCGGCUGGAUUGCAUCAUCUUUGGCAUCUUCAGAAUACAUUGCGGUAGAUCUUGGAGAGCCAAAAGUCAUAACCUAUAUCGAGAUGGAAGGGGAUUCACUGAAGACUCACUGGCUGAAAUUUUUUUUCCUGGACUACAGGAUGACCACUCAAGAGCCGUGGACAACUUAUGAACCUCGUGGAAUAAAUGGGAAAAUCACUGGUGUAGAAAUGAAAAACAUGGUGGCGACGAUUGUAACAGAACAGAAGUUAGAAGCAAGAUUCAUAAAGAUUCGCGUUGACCAGUGGCAUUUAGGGGCAAAUUUAAGACUUGAAUUUUAUGGCUGCAACAAAGUGUGUUCUGACGAGAUCGGAAUCGGCACCUGGGCAAUAAAAGAUUCUGCUCUCACCGCCUCUAGUUACCUGUCCUCACGCAGAUACCCAUGGAUGGCACGCCUCGAUGGCAGAGAGGCCUGGUGCCCAAGCAGAAACGAUACUCAGCCUUUUUUACAAGUUGACCUUGCGAAACCAUACAGAUUACGGUUUAUUGCCACCCAAGGAUUGCACAGUUCAAACAACAGCGCUUGGGUACAGCAGUACACAUUGCACUUUCGCAAAGAUCUUUUCCCUUGGAUUCCAUAUUCUGAGAAUGGCACUGAAAAAAUGUUUCCAGGCAAUACAGAUGGAACAUCGAUUGUCAAAAACAAGCUCAGUAACGUUUCCAAUGUGCGAUACAUUCGUCUUCAUCCUAAGAAAUGGCACAUACACGCAUGUAUCAGAGUCGAGUUGUACGGAUGCAAAGAUUUUGAUGAACAAAGUUUGAAACCGUUAGGAAUGAGCGAUCAUCGAAUUCCUAACAUUAGCAUUUUAGCUUCAGACAUUUACUUGGAUGCUGAGAUGCACGGACCAUGGUUGGCUCGGUUACAUAGUACUACGGGAUGUUGGGUAUUCUCAAAAGGUGAUAACUUUCUUCAGGUCGACCUUGGUGAAGGUUUAGUGUCCGUAAGUGGAGUCGCAACACAAGGAUGUAAUGACAACGUUAUCAAAAAAUACGGACACGUACUGGAGUAUAAACUGUCCUUCAGCGAUGAUGGUUCAAACUGGUAUUACUAUCGAGAGGGAGGGGCCCCUAAGAUUUUCAGCGGUAACACCCCUGGCGAAAGAGACCUCCCUGUGCGUCACGUGUUUACCCGAUCAUUUUACACUCGCUACGUCAAGUUCCUCGUGACUCGAUGGGUGCUGGAUACCAUUAUUCCUGCACUGAGGGUGGAAAUUUAUGGCAGCAGAAAAGGAGGAGAGUUGCUUGCGGCAGCUAACAUAUCCAUCAGCGCAUCAAGCUCCCGACAUCCGCUGACACCCCAGGACUGCUUACUCAGUAUUCGCCGAACGUGGUGCGCUGAAUUCGAUGACGUGAUGCAAUACCUCCAGAUUGACCUAAAGCGAAAUAGUUACAUUGGAGAGAUCAUAACACAAGGGGCAGUUGUUGAGGAGUCCUGGGUUGAGAGUUACACAAUUUCGUAUGGUCAUUCUUAUGAUUUAUGGAAACAAUAUGAAGAAAAUGGUUCUAUCAAGGUAUUUCAGGGAAAUAACGAUAGCUCAUCCAUUGUCACUCGGAAAUUUAUGAAACAAGUGAGGGCGCGAUUAAUCAGGAUGCAUCCAAUCAGCUGGAACGGACAUAUCUGCAUGCGAUUCGACCUACGAACCAUUGGUCGAAGUAUACCUCUUGGAAUACAAAAACACAAGAUUGCUAAUUCAGCCAUGACUGCAUCCAGUCAUGCAGGACCUGCUAACGAGCCAUGGCGAGCCCGCUUGGAUGUAGGCUUCCUUAGCGAAGCUUGGCGCGCCGGAGAAGACAACCACGAACAGUAUUUAGAAAUUGACUUGGGCACUACUCAUAACAUUACUCACGUGGCCACUCAAGGAAGUCAUCGGACUGAUAAAAGCUGCUGGGUGACACAGUUUAAUUUGUCCCACAGCCUGAAUGGGUCCGUAUGGAAAAAGUACAAGGAAAAUGACUCAGUGAAGCUCUUUCAGGGGAACACCAAUGACCAUGGUAUUGUUCAGCAACAGAUGACAGAAGAAAUUGAAGCUCGCUACAUCCGAUUUCUUCCUGUCAUGUGGUUCAACCACGUCUGCAUGAGGGUCGAGCUAUAUGGUUACCAAGUUUGUGGCUUCCCUCUUGGUGUAAACGAUGGAGAAUUAUCGAACGAUUCGUUCACAGCGAGUAGCUAUGGUGUGGGCAACGAGCCUCGGAAUGCGAGGCUUAAUCGCUUGAUUGGUAAUGGAAGCUGGUGCGCAGAGAAAAACUUAACAGGAGAGUAUCUGCAGAUUGCUCUGAAAGAUAGUAAAAUGAUUACUGGAAUAUCCACCCAGGGAAUACAUCAUAAAGAUGGAAAGUGGGUCACGGAAUAUGCGUUGUAUUAUCGGGAUAAGGAAGGAUCUACCUUUCAGCCUUAUACUGUUGAUAGAUUUACCAAGGUUUUCCCAGGGAAUACUGACCAGUUUAGUACAGUUACACAUAGUCUUGAUAACAUUAAAGAUGUACUGUACGUCAGGCUUGAGGUGAAGUCCUGGCAUCAACAGAUUUGCAUGAGAGUGGAACUUUUUGGAUGUGAUGCCAAUGUCAUUGAGGGCGGGUACAGCGAAUGGUCGGCUUGGUCAGCGUGUAGCGCCACUUGUGUAGGAGGAUUUCAGUAUAGAGAGCGAACCUGCGACAAUCCGAAGCCUGAGAAUGGUGGCAAAGACUGCUCAUCAUUGGGAGCCGAUAAAGAGGAAGUGGUUUGUAAUACACACAUCUGCCCAGUACAGUGUAUUGUCCGAAAUGACACGAAGAUAAUUGAAAGUAAACAGAAUGAAUUGUAA